CCCAUGUUUCUUUUCUAGGUAGUAUUGGUACAUCGUUUCAAUGCCAUUCAAUCCAUCAAGAUCACAUUUGUAAUGAUGACAGUGACAAGAGCGAAGACAGUCCUAGUCCCAAGCGACAACGCCUUUCCCAUUCAGUCUUUGACUAUACAGCAGCAUCACCAGCCCCAUCACCACCAAUGCGACCAUGGGAGAUGACAUCAAAUAGGCAGCCUCCUUUGGCCCGACCCAACCAACACCACUUCUCAGGGGAACGAUGCAACACACCUGCACGAAACAGGAGGAGUCCUCCUGUUCGACGUCAGAGAACAAGGAGAGAUCGUUUGUCUAGACAUAAUUCUGUUAGCCAGGAUGAAAACUAUCACCAUCUCUCCUAUGGACAGCAGCAAGCAAUAGAAGAGCCCCGAGCCUUUCGCCCACCGAAUGUAUCUCCUCGUAUGUUGCACCCAGCUGCUCACCCACCACAGCAGAAUGCAGUGAUGGUUGACAUUCAUGAUCAGAUCCAUCAGGGCACAGUUCCUGUUUCAUACACAGUGACCACUGUGGCUCCACAUGGGAUACCACUUUGCACAGGCCAGCACAUUCCAGCCUGCAGCGCUCAGCAGGUCCCAGGGUGCUCAGUGGUUUUCAGCGGCCAGCACCUUCCAGUUUGCAGUGUGCCUCCCCCAAUGCUUCAGGCGUGCUCAGUCCAGCACCUACCUGUACCAUAUGCAGCAUUUCCACCCCUCAUUUCUAGUGACCCAUUCCUUUUGCAUCCUCCUCAUAUAUCUACACACCACCCUCCUCACUUGCCUCCUCCAGGACAGUUCGUUCCUUUCCAAGCACAGCAGUCACGGUCGCCACUUCAAAGAAUAGAAAAUGACGUAGAAUUGCUUGGAGAACACCUUCCUGUAGGAGGUUUUACCUACCCUCCCUCAGCCCAUCCACCAACGUUGCCUCCCUCAGCUCCUCUUCAAUUCUUAACGCACGAUCCAUUACACCAGGAGGUGUCAUUUGGUGUACCUUACCCACCUUUUAUGCCUCGAAGACUCACAGGGCGCAGCAGAUACCGAUCACAGCAGCCAAUACCACCACACCCUUACCAUCCCAGCCUAUUACCUUAUGUGCUAUCAAUGCUCCCAGUGCCACCUGCAGUUGGACCAGCUUUCAGCUUUGAGUUGGAUGUGGAAGAUGGAGAGGUAGAAAACUAUGAGGCACUGCUGAAUUUGGCAGAACGUCUGGGAGAAGCCAAACCACGGGGAUUGACAAAAGCAGACAUUGAACAGCUUCCAUCCUACAGAUUCAAUCCAAACAAUCACCAAUCAGAGCAGACACUAUGCGUGGUGUGCAUGUGUGAUUUUGAGUCAAGGCAGCUACUUAGAGUCUUACCCUGUAACCAUGAGUUCCAUGCCAAGUGUGUUGAUAAAUGGCUGAAGGCGAAUCGUACCUGCCCGAUUUGUAGAGCUGAUGCUUCGGAAGUGCAUCGUGAUUCAGAAUGACCAACCUAGGAGCACAAAUCUGGUUUGGGUGUUUCUGGUCACAUGUAUAUAUGAACUCUCUAUUGAACUUACCCAUGUGGCUUCCAGCCUACCCUUUACACAAAAGGGUCAAUGGACCUUACUUUGCACUGUGUGACUUAAUCAAUUAUAAAGCUUAUAACUAGUCUUCACAGUUACGGGAUUGUUAUACUAACAGUGUGAUUGGAACUCCAAAGAUUUUUUUUUUUUUUUUAGCUUAAUUUUGUGUGUGCACUAACAUUCCCUGGGUUCUGUGUGAUCAUUCCGAGUAUUGCUGCGAGAUUACUGUGGAUGUGAUCUUUUAGCAUGUGCUUUUAUAGGAAAGAAAAAGGAGAAAAAAAAAGUGGUAGCUCCAAACAAUAUAGCAAUCUACCUUAUAUAGAGCCUUCAGAUACUGUGAGUGGGAGUGAAUGGUGUGUGUGUGUGUUUGCCUGUGAGAGGAUGUGUGAAGUGUGCCUGUGACUGAGUGUGCCCGUGUGUUUGAGAACCUAUAUACCAGCAUGUACUGAGAACGUAUGUGUGUAGUAAUAAUUAUGCUGCAAUGUAUAAUCUUGUGUGUUAUUUAAACAGUACUAGUACUGUACACUGGUUCCUUUCCUUGUGUUUGCAGUUGCACACUGAAUGCGAUGGGUGCAGCAAUUACAGACAUUUAGUAUUUCCUCCCCAAUGUACUUACAGGUGUAAAGACCUUUCUACCUACUAUUCAAACAGCUGUUAUGCUUCCCCUUCAUUGGAGGCUUUAAGUGUGUACCACUAAAGAAUGCAUUGAUUGUUCAUACAUGAGUAACCUUGGGGUUUUUAUCAUAUGUUACAAAGUCUGGAUUUUUAAAUGGCUGAUUUACAAGUUAUUUUAUCAAUGUAGAGUUGCAAUAUCGCAUUUAGCAAUAUUAACAUUUUCGAUUGCUAAUAUGAAUAUCAAUGUUCUUCUGUUUUCCCUUUAAAUUUUUCUAGCUGGGUUUGCCAGUUAUGUGUUUCUUCCAUGAAAGGAAUCAGAAAGGACACUGAGGCUCUUGUGGAACAGCUCUUAACUUUUGGCCAUUGUACUUGCUAAGGUCAUCAACUUUUAGCUUAUAUACAUACAUUCUUUGUCACCUACGAGGGAGUUUGUAUGUAACUAAAAUAACUUGUAAAAGGUUACAAUUUUAUUCAUUCCUGCAACUUCAUGAAUAAAAUACAAUUUUUAGCAUUUUCUCAGAGAAGUAAAAUUUUAUAUUUUUUUCAUUGUAUCAAAAGAGAAGGUAGGUUUUGGUCAUUAACUGCAGAAUUCAGUUGCCCUGAUGCUGCUUCUUGCCCUUCCUUAUUUAAUGGCGAGUGUAAAUGGAAGAAGGAAUUCCCUCCAUUUUUGCAAUCAAGUUUCCAGAGCACUCCGCUAUAGGAAAAAAUGGAACACCUUCCAGAACAGUGCUGUGAAAUAGAAGGGGAUAAUCUCUGUUCAAGUGCUCGGAAUAAUAUUUUACUUGGGCUGUUGAUAAAAAAUUAGCUUUCUAUGUAAUGUUCACACUGUUAACAUCUCUGAUACGCUUUAGCAGAAUAUUUAGGACUGCAUACACCACAGUUAUUAAAAGGAUGCACUUUUUGCAAUUAAAUUCUUUUCGUAAGUUCAGUGUCAUUACUUUGGUUGCAGCAGCACAAGUGGCACAAUUACCAGUAUUGCUACAACUUGCUGCCAGUCUCAGCUUUAAGUUAUUCUUUAUCAUGUCUUAUGCUUUUGUAUGCUGCUAUGCUUUAGUAUCAGUUAUAAUUUCUAACAGUGUUAGAUGAUCUCCAUGCUGGUUUUCCUCUUUGAAGAUUCUGCAGACCAGUCACAGCUCUUGGUGCAGCUAAAUAAAAGCACAAUUUUGCCCUAUUUCAGAUGCUUUUCCCUCUGUUUAGUUAUGCAGGUAGUUCUCAAAAACAGUCAAGCUUUCUAUACCUAUCCAUACUUAGGAACACUAAAUAAAUAAAAAUGCUGUUACAUCAACUUCAAAAUAAUAGAAUUUCUCCUCUCUUCUGUGGAGUUAAAGAAUAGGCUUUUCACAGUAGCACCUAGCAGGUUAAAUUACAUGUAAUGAAGUUUAUUUUUUUAACAAAUAAAAUCAUGUUGUUUAGAAAGCAUAUGCCACGCAUGUCUUACAAAACUUAGGCUCUUUUAUAUAACUGCAAAAGAAAAAAUUCUGUGUGUACAGAUUUAAACAUGACUAACACUACUGUGCUUAAUAUUCAGUUCGAAGCAUGGAAAGAGGGUACUUUUUCUAAACUUGAUUCAAGUAAACAAGACACAUUCUUCUGAAGCCAAGGGGAAGUAGUUCUCUUUCUGGAACCGAAGAAAUGUCCCUUUCCCCCCACUAAAAUUCUCUGAGGCGGUGGGAGAUCUAGGAGAUGGAGGGACUGAGUUGGUAAAAUGCUGAAAUUAAUUGUUGCACUGUUAUGGCUCAUCUCUUCUGGAAUGGUUCUUUGGUUUGCAUGGGACUCUUGCAGAUGAAUGUGGACUUGCUUCCCGUGGUUAGUGUACAAACAGCACACAUGCUUACGUUCUGAAUCAGCUCAGACAAGCCACAACCACAUCCUCGCUGUGGUGGCUGUCAAGGGAGGGGAUUCAUGUUCAGCUGUGAACUGCCAUAUGUUAUGCACAGCCUGCCAUGGUGCCUGACAGCACCUGAAUUCAGCAACACUUUUUUGUGUUCAUUGCCUUUCUGCUAUCCACUGACUCUUUCUUCUCCAAAAAAAAAAAACAAACAAAAAAAUACAACCCAACCUCUAAUAUGUUUGCUUUAUCAUAUUGGCACUGCUGUGUUUUUUUUGCAUAAACUGUCAAUUUAAUUUGACAUUUUAGUGGAUAUCAAGGCCUACAGAUAAUUCCAGUGUCUCAUUUUGUGGCUUUCUUUACAAAAAGAAGUAAGGCCAUGUAUCGUAUGUCAUUUUGUACAGGCUCUUGAAUGUGAGUUCACAGUCCUUAAUAUAUUGCAUAAUACUUGGGAUGAGAUUUACCAACUGUUUUAAUUGUAGAAAACAUUUUUGACUGAGUUAUCUUUGGGCCUUUGUAAAAGCUGUGGUUUUUUCCUUUGGUACAUUGUUACCUCAUUUUGUUACUUGUGUUUCA